GUGUGUGUUUGAAGGAGCAGUGCUCUCAGUUCAGUGAGGUCGUGGGCAGUGUCUCAGCUCGACUCAACCAGCAUUCAGAGGAGAGCGACGUCGACCCCAUCUCACCGAUGCAGCUGCCAGACUCCCAGUGGAAACGACAGGCCGCCACGCCGGGGUCCCGAGAGCACGACCCGGGCUCUCAACGGGUCACCAAACGUCACCGGAAACUAUUAAAGACCAGCCCGGUGCUGCGACCCCACACAAACUCUUCCCUGCCGAGCUCACGCCGUCUCUCUGACGUCCAGGAGUCCCGCCGGCGGAUCGUACGCGAAGUCUGCGGGAAAUAUCGGAGUAAUAUUUCACGGACAAUAAUGCCACAUCACGUCUCGCGGAUUUACGUGGAGGACAGACAUAAACUGCUGUACUGCGAGGUGCCUAAAGCCGGAUGCUCCAACUGGAAGAGAGUCCUGAUGGUUUUAGCCGGCGUCGCCAACUCGACGCAGGAAAUCAAUCACGCGGCCGUUCAUUACGACAAUCACCUGAAACGCCUGGACAGCUUCGACCGGCAGGGGAUCACUAAGCGUUUGGAGACGUACACCAAAGUCCUGUUCGUCCGAGAGCCAAUGGAGCGACUGGUGUCUGCGUUCAGGGACAAAUUCGAGAGCCCCAAUUCCUAUUACCAUCCCGUCUUCGGAAAGCCCAUCAUCUCCAAAUACAGAGUGAAUGCAUCGCAGACGGCUUUGAAGACGGGAAGCGGCGUGACCUUUCGAGAGUUCAUCCACUAUCUUUUGGACGUGCAUCGUCCCGUGGGAAUGGACAUCCAUUGGGAAGCGGCCAACCAGCUUUGCAGCCCCUGCCAUCUUCACUACGACUUCAUCGGGAAGGUCGAGACCUUGGAAGAAGACGCCAACUUCCUUUUACGAAAGAUCGGGGCACCGGAGAACCUGACGUACCCCUCGUUCAAGGACGGGAACCCCAAAGCGGCCAGAACUUCCACUCAGAUCACGCAGCAUUAUUUUUCGUUGCUGAACGCGUCUGAGCGCCAGCGGGCGUAUGACUUCUACUACAUGGACUACUUGAUGUUUAACUACUCCAAACCUUACAAAGACCUGUACUGACGCUUGUGCUUUAACCACUGGUUACCUGUGCGCGCUGUCUGCUGUCCAAUCAAUGCUUCAGAGACUAAUUAGACUAAUCCAUAAUUACACAGUCUCAUCCUCUUUGGAGAUUCAGCCGUCGAUAACCUGGAGUACAUCACUCAUUUACAUAAACUGCUCUUUAUUUGCCAUUAAAAAGUCUGACAUGUGUCCCAACCAGGCGUGAUUCGACAAGUUACCAGUGACUAGCUCAUCUGCCACACUCACAGCAUAAAUUGAGCCUCACAGCCAAUCACAACUAUCAGAUGUUUAGUAAACAGAUACACUACUGUUGUAAG